AUGUUGUCAUUUGCCAAGCAACGAUUGAUGUUUUGAGAUGUGACCAGUUAUGUCGGAAGAGCUAGCAGCACCUAUCAAAACACACUAGCCAAUUGAUAUGGCCAACUGGGAUUCCUCUAUUUGGCUAAAUGGAUUCGGGUACUUUCUUUGUUUGUCUGACACCUUAACGUAAAUAUAGGUGGUUUAGAAAUAUUUUAGUAUGGGGCAUUAUAACAAGCCAAGCUAGUUAAGCUAGCUAGCAAGCUAGUGUCAGGAAGCUCCAGACCCAAGAUCGAAAAUGCAAGCUACCAGCUAGCCAGACGACGUGUUUAUCUAGACAAGACUGGGGCGGAGGGGUUUUAUCAACUAGCUUAAGCAAGCGUUGUGGCCUGGAACAUUCAAACUAUUCCUUCAGGUUGGAUGUAACAGAACCGGGGAAAGGUCGGGCGUAUAGUUUAAGCUAGCCCUAAAGCAAAAGUGAGCUAACGUUAAACUGUUUAGCUUGCUAGCUCGCUAGCUAAUCUACAUUAGCUGGCUAUCUGGAUUUGACGCACUGCUAGCCGGCUGAUAUGGCCACUGCCACUGGGUCUUGUGUAGGGAUAAACGGGUCCAUAAAUGGUCCCUCUGUCUCCACCACAACCUCGGGGGCACCUGGACAGUCACAGCCUAUGGUCGUGGUAUGGGAAUGGCAAGAUGAUCUUGGGUAUUGGAGACCGUAUAGUGGCCAGGUGAGCGGCUACAUCGAACAAUACUUCUCCUCUCCGCGGGGACACAGAGGUGGGGGACCUGGUUCCACCAGCAUCUGCCUCGGACAAUCAGACCCCAGCUUGUCGCCUUAUCUCAUAGAUAUACCCAGCCUAAAACAGUUCCGCCAGGAUACAGGAAAGACGCGGUCUGUACGUCGUACACUAUUUGCCCAGUCCUCUGGCCUUGGCAGUGGUGUGUUCUGGGAGUGGGCCAAUGACGAAGGAGGCUGGACCCCGUACGAGACUCGAACCUCGAUCCUAUUAGAGCAUAGCUACCAGGCCCGGCAGGCCACUGCCGACCUGGCUUCUCAUGGCUAUAACUACAUAGUGGACCUCACAGCUCUGGCCCAGGUCAACAAGGGCACAGGUUUUAGACGGCAGGUGCGUCGGCAGGGGAACCUCCCAUACCCACUAGCCUUGGCCACCUCGGUCAUUCACUCUGGCCCUGCCUGCUCCUGUCAUCAGUGUCUGAGCCACAGCAGCACAGGCCCAAUGCCCAGUCGCUCGCGCCACUCCUUCUCCUCCGGGCAGCUCAGCAGGCCCAGCCUCCAGGGCCAGGGUAGGGCUACUGGAGCCCACCCCACCUCUGUGUACUCACCGUAUCCCAGAAGGCCCCUGUCUGUCGGGGGAAUGGCUUGGGGAGGUCCCUGGCCCCCGACACCCUCUGGUCAUCUACAUGGAAUGCCCCUGUCCCACCCGAGCAGUAGUGCCAAUGGCUUGAGUGUCCCUGCCAUCCCAGUGCAGCUGAAUGGAUCCACCAGUGUGAGCUCAGCCUUAGCAGGCAUGGCCUCCAUUUUGAUGUCAGCAGUGGGGCUCGGAGUUCGCUUCACCAGUGCCCCCCUCCCCCAGCAACAGCAAGCUCCUCCUCCUCCUCUCUUCCCCCACACCAACAGCACCAGCAGCAGCAGCAAAAACCCCAGCAACAGCUCCGUUAGGAGGGGAAAGAGGCAGCACAGGACAGCCACGGCUCAGAAACCAGAGGAGGUUAUUCACCGCUACAUGGAGGAAGUAGCCUCGGCCCAGGACGAGGACUGCAGCAUCUGUAUGGACCGCCUGUCCUGUCCCUCAGGCUAUGACACCGCCUCCGAAGGCGGGGGCCCGUCCAUCCCCCCAGCCGCCGUGGGGAAGUUCACCAAGUGCGGACACACCUUCCACAUGCUCUGCAUGCUGGCCAUGUACAACAACGGAACCAAGGACGGUAGCCUCCAGUGCCCUUCGUGUAAGACAAUCUACGGGGAGAAGACAGGGACUCAGCCCAAGGGGAAGAUGGAGAUCUACAGCCUGUCCCAGUCCCUCCCCGGCCACCCAGACCACGGCAUCAUCCAGAUCAUAUACAGCAUACCCCCUGGAACACAGGGUCCAGAGCACCCUAACCCAGGUCAGCCCUACACUUGCAGAGGCUUUCCACGCUUCUGUUUCCUUCCAGACAACGACAAGGGUAGAAAGGUACUGGAGCUGCUGAAGGUGGCGUGGACCCGCCGCCUCAUCUUCACCGUGGGAACCUCUAGCACCACAGGCGAACGUGACACAGUGGUGUGGAACGAGAUCCACCACAAGACGGAGAUGAUGUCCAACGUGUCAGGCCAUGGCUACCCGGACCCCAAUUACCUGGACAAUGUACUGUCAGAACUGGCCUCUCAAGGGGUGACCGAGGACUGUCUCACCAAACAACCAGGAUCCAACCAAGCAGCACCAGGCUCCGGAUUCUAAAAAAACAACAACACCUAUAUUCAUAUACAUUCUGCAUAUAUGAAUCAUGUAUGUUCAUACAUGGUAUGACUUGAUAAGGGAUAAACGAACUAGUCACAUUCCCCACCUACUGAUGUGGUUUAGUUGCAUUGUAUUGUACCGGUUCAAUUUUGGUUGCAUGCCGAAUGCGAUCUUAAAGUCUUAUAGAUCCAGGGAUGUUAGUGGGGGAACUCAAAAAACGUGUUUUAAAGACGGGCUCUGGUGAAAACACAAAUUGAAAGACUAUGCAGACUUUCCAAAAUACAGUUCUGGCACGUCUACUGAAUUCAGUCCUUUGAAAUAAAGGUACCCACACUUUGUUUACUGUACCUUUACCCGGUCUUGGUUUAGUUCUGUAAAUCCUUAGAAAAGGAGCGUGCUUUCUUUGGAAGAAGCCUGCUGACUUGUAUGCCUUUUGGCCAAUGCCAUGAAAAUGUCAGUGCUCAACGGGAACAUACAAAUGUCUGUAGCACUUUAGUUUUUACAGUGCAUCAAAUUGAGUAAUAGAAUUACCAAGUUAAUAUCUGUGGGUAAUUGUUCUGGAUAUUGGUAACUUAUGCAAAUUCUAAAAGCGUAAUAUUUCUGAUUUAGAAGUAAUGUAGCUACAAGGCCACAGUAAAAAAUAUAUAUAAAUGAAAAUGUAGUCCAUGUUUGAUUAAGCCUGAAGAAGGAGAGACCUCAAUGUCUUGUUGAUUUCAUCAAAAAAGUAUUGAACAGCACUGUAAAAACAACAAAGAAUAUGGCCAUAAAUGCCAGUCAAUAUUAAGGUUGUUUUUAGAGGUGAACUUCAUCUUCUGCCAUCAUCACUUAUACAUAACUAUUGAAACAAUAAAUCAGAAUGGCAUAUUAUUCAACUAUUUUUUACCUGAUUGUCACUUGGAGUUAUUUUUAGUUGUUAGAAACAAAAACUAAAAAGCUUUCAAUGAAGUCUGGCAGCAAAAGGAACUCAAGACUAAGUAGCUGCUUCAAUUCUUACAUUCAUUCUUUUGUUUUUUCCAUUGUAAAAGUGAUUUGUGGACUACUUCCCCAGGUCGCUGAAAACCCAUAAAGACAGGCACAUCACCACAGGUAGAAUAACAGUGAAAAAUGGGAUAACAAAUUCUGGUCCUUUUGUCAAUGCUCAACACCUGGACGUUCACAUCUCUGCCACCUCUAAUACCAUCAUUGUACCUUCAUGUUAUCCUGUUCAGUAUUCAGGUGUAUGCAAGCAUAUUUAAAUGAUCUCUGCAAUAAAGAAAUGUUGAUUAAGA